GAUUACCGCCCAGAAGCACCCCCUCUCCCUCUCCCUCUCCUGUUUUUCCUCGUCGAUUUCAAUUUCUUUAAAUCUUUGGCUUCUGUUUUCCUUCAUUUUCUCGGUGCUAACUAUAUUCUUAUCAAAAGAAGAAAGAAGAAGACAUCAACGUUUUGGUAGCCUUCUCUUUAUUAUUAUUAUUAUUAUUAUUUUUCGCUGGCGAGUGUAUGCAAUGCAAGUUGGGUUUUAAUUGAAGGGCAAAGCUUUUGUCAGAUAACCCCGAGAGAUAACUGUAAAAGAAAACAACUAAAGAAUUAAGCCUUCCUGACAAAUGGGUGUCUCUAAAUCAGAUCAAAGAACAAACACUUCAACCUCUCCUCCUCCUCCUCCUUCACGUUCUGUUUCAUAGGCCCAAAAUACUUUCUAAUCCACUGAAAGCUGUCUUAAAGAAGCAAGAAGUAAAAACUUCCUCUGUUUAUAGAGAGGCAGCAUCAUGGGAGAAACAAACGAGAAUAGAAAUAGGAGCAGCAGCAGCAGCAGAAGUAGCAGAGUAAUGGAGAGUCUUUCUUUGGAUAUUAACAGGUACCCAAGAGAUCUAUUACAAAGAUUCAUGUCAAGUGACGCGCAGCAAUAUCAAACAGCAACAAGUGAUGGAGAAGAAACAGAGGAGAUUGAAUUAAAUCUUGGGCUAUCACUUGGUGGAAGAUUUGGGGUUGAUAAGUCUUCAAAGAAACUAACGAGAUCUUCAUCAAUAGCUGGUUCAAUACCAUUGUUGAGAGACUAUGAUGCUUUAACCACUCCACCUGCACCUUAUCCUCUUCUCAUGAGGACUUCUUCUUUGCCUACGGAGACAGAGGAGGAGUGGAGGAAGCGGAAGGAAAUGCAGAGUUUGAGGAGAAUGGAAGCCAAGAGAAGGCGAAGUGAAAAGCAAAGGAAUUUGAGAGGAGAGUUGAGUCUGGAGGAAGUCAAAUUGAAUAAAGGGAAUUGGGUGCCGACGUGGGCUAGUAAGCAGAGUGGUGUUGUGAAUAGAGGUAAUAAUCUGGCAGGGCAGCAGCAGCAGCAGCAGCAAGCGUCACAAGGGUCCGUGGAGUCUCAAGGAGGGAGCUCUUCUGGAUUAUCAGAAAUGGUGAGCAAGCCUGUUCAAGGAUCAAGCAGUGGUGGUGAAGCACGAAGUCCCACAAGUAACCAGUCUUUGCAGGAACGAGGCAGUCAAGAAGAUUUAGAUUCUUCUGGGACAAAGAAAAAUGAAAAUGCGUGCAGAGCCUCCAGUACAGAAAUGGAGAAUUUUUCCAAGAAGCUUGAUUCUGCAGAAAAUAUAGGGAGGGAAAUUGGGACCAAUGCAAUGGAAGAUAUGCCUUGUGUGUUUACAAAAGGAGAUGGUCCUAAUGGGAGAAGAGUGGAUGGCAUCCUGUACAAGUACGGCAAGGGAGAGGAAGUAAGGAUCAUGUGCGUCUGCCAUGGCAGCUUUCUAUCCCCCGCAGAGUUCGUGAAGCAUGCAGGUGGCAGUGAUGUUAAUCACCCUCUUAGACACAUAGUGAUAAACUCUUCUGGUCCGUCCUUUGUGUAAUGUAAGUCGGUGUUUAUGUCAUCCUUUAAAAGAGAAGUAGGGAUGUGAAAUAGGAAGAGAAAAAUGAGAGAAUUUUAGGAAAUAGUUUGCUUUAUUUAUUUAUUUAUUGGGGGGCCUUGAAACGGAAACCGAAUAUGGCCCAACUACUUUUCAUCUUCCAGGAGUGUUUGAAAUGGUUUUUUGAGGCUGCAUGUUAUAUUUAUUUCCUAA